AUGUGUGUUUCAUUAUAUAUUUUCCUUGGCUCAUUAUCUGUUGUCACAGUAUGUGGAAACCUUCUUGUAAUAAUCUCCAUAAUCUAUUUCAAACAGCUCCACACUCCUACUAACUACCUUAUUCUCUCUCUGGCUGUGGCUGACCUGCUUGUUGGUGUUGUAGUUUUUCCUGUCAGCAUGGCAUUCACUGUAACCUCGUUAUUUUUUUCUAAAGGUAUAUUUAACAAAAUACGAGACGGCUUUGAUAUAACGCUGAGCACAGCUUCCAUUUUGAAUUUAUGUUGUAUUUCCAUUGACAGAUAUUAUGCUGUUUGUCAGCCUCUGAUCUACAGAACUAAGAUAAAUGUUAACGUUGUCAUGGUCAUGAUCCUGCUCAUCUGGGGUGUUUCUCUUCUAGUUACAAUUGGCUUUAUGAUUCCAAAUUUAAAACAUGAAAAAUGUGAAGUAAAUUGUUUUAAUGAUGUCCUACUUGCAAACAUUUUUGGACCCAUCUUCUCAUUUUAUCUACCAGUGAUUGUAAUGCUCUGUAUCUACCUAAAGAUUUUCCUUGUUGCACAGGAACAGGUACGCAGCAUCCAGAAUAACACCUGUCAGAGCAAAAAGUCUGGAGCAACUGUCAGUAAGAUGGAGAGAAAGGCCACUAAAACUCUUGCAACCGUUUUGGGAGUUUUCCUGAUGUGUUGGACUCCUUUCUUUCUCUGUUUUACUUUUCAGCUUUUGCCCCAUGUGUCAGUGCCACUUCCUUAUUUUUAUUCUGGGGUUCGAGAGUGGGUAGGCAGCGAUGAAUCCAGAGAGCAGGCAGAGGGACCAGACCGGGGUAACCUCCAGAUUGCAAUGGAGGGGUAG